GCGGCUGAGGGCGGGCUGUGCUUCCGGAGGGCGGCGCGGGGCUUCGAGUGCCGUCCGGGCAGCUGCCGGGCGCAGCUCUUCUCCCCGGGCGGGAACCUGAGCGCCAGCGUGCUGGGCAACGGGAGCGUGCUGCUCCAGUGGGCCUGGCCGCCUCCGGCCUCUCCUCCGCGGGGCUUCCGCCUCUCCUGCUCGUGGGAAGGGCCCCAGGCCGCGCCAGGCCUCCCUUGCCGCUCCGUCCGCCUCGGCGCCGCCUGCCGCGACUACCUGCUCCCCGAGGCCCACGCCGGGAUCCGGUACCGCCUCUGCCUCGCGGCCCUCUCCCUGCCGCCUCGGGAGGAGAAAGAAGGCCGCGAGGGCCUCUCCCUGCCGCCGCCUCGGGAGGAGGAAGCCGAAGAAGAAGGCGAGUGCGUGGAGUUCGAGGGCCAGCCCGCGGGGCCCCGCGACAUCGUGGUGGCCAUGGCCGCCGUGGGGGGCGCCAUCUGCGUCAUGCUGGUCCUCAUCUGCCUCCUCGUGGCCUACCUCACCGAGAACGCGCCCCCCGCCCGGGCCGGGCCUACACCGCCCCCACAAGCCUGACCUGGGGUUGCCAUGGCGACGGGGCACUGCGCCAUCUUGGAAGAGGACACCCCACAGGGACAGGAGGAAGGCGGCUCCCCUGAGGGAAUGGCCCUUACAAGAUGGCGCCCUGAGGGAAGGACUCGUGCUAGAUGGCGCCCUGAGGGAAUGCCUUUUACAAGAUGGAGUCCUGAGGGAGUGGCUCUUACAAGAUGGCGCCCUGAGGGAAUGGCUUGUACAAGAUGGCAGCCUGAGGGAAUGGCUCUUGCAAGAUGGUGGCCUGAGGGAUUGACUUUUACAAGAUGGCGGCCUGAGGGAUUGACUUUUACAAGAUGGUGGCCUGAGGGAAUGGCACCCUGAGGGAAUGGCUUUUACAGGAUGGCACCCUGAGGGAAUGGCUUUUACAAGAUGGCGCCCUGAGGGAAUGCUUCUUACAAGAUGGCAGCCUGAGGGAUUGACUUUUACAAGAUGGUGGCCUGAGGGAAUGGCACCCUGAGGGAAUGGCUUUUGCAAGAUGGCAGCCUGAGGAAUGGCACCCUGCAAGAUGGCAGCCUGAGGGAAUGGCUUUUACAAGA